AUGUCUGCUCUGGCUUUCGGUGUUGCUCUCUUGGCCGCUGUGGCCGCCGUCCAGGCCAUCCCAGCGGCAGGGCUCAAGGCGCGCCAGUCUAUUACUGCGCUCUCUUCCUCUCAGAUCUCGGCAUUUACCCCCUACACAUGGUAUGCGAGUGCAGGGUACUGUUCGGCGUCUGAGACUAUAAACUGGUCUUGCGGCACGAACUGUGAAGCCAACCCGAGCUUCAAGCCUGUUGCGUCUGGCGGCAAUGGAGACGGCACACAGUACUGGUUUGUUGGGUACGAUCCCACGCUAGACACAGUGAUUGUCUCGCACCAGGGGACAGAUCCUGAAGAAAUCUUGCCGCUAGUCACGGAUGUAGACAUUACGCUGGUUGACCCAGACUCGACACUUUUCCCAGGUUUGUCGGCUCAGGGCAUCCAAGUCCAUCAGGGAUUCUCGGACGAUCAAGCGCAAACGGCCACGGAUGUUUUGUCUGCUGUACAGACUACCAUGUCUACUUAUAGUACUAGCACUGUCACAGUGGUUGGACACUCUCUUGGGGCUGCAAUCUCACUCCUCGAUGCUGUCUACCUUCCGCUGCACAUACCUGAUGCUACAUUUGCGUUUUAUGGAUACGGUCUUCCUCGUGUUGGGAACCAGGCAUUCGCGAACUACGUCGAUGCGCAGCCGAUCUCGGUAACGCACAUCAACAACGAGGAAGACCCGAUUCCGAUCUGCCCAGGCAUGUUCCUCGGCUACGUACACCCCGCCGGUGAGGUACACAUCGAGGACUCCGGCGAGUGGGCGGCGUGUCCCGGCCAGGACAACCCGAGCACCCAGUGCAUUGUUGGCGAUGUUCCGGAAGUUUAUGAUGGCGACCUCAGUGACCACGACGGUCCGUAUAAUGGCAUCACCAUGGGAUGUUGA